AUGUCGUGGACGUCGACUCAGCUAGCAAAGAGAAGUCCAUCGAUACAUGCCGACCUAUGGAAUCCAGAUUCAUCGUUGUUAAGUGUCGUCGACUUAUCAAACCUUCCACAAAAUACCGAAACACUUCUUCUUCCACAUACUCACUCUGCGUAUAAUCCAUUCUCUGUUGUUUUUAGACCAAAUGCAAAAACGCCUUCAACACCACUCAAUAAAUUCUUGCUAUCACAAAUUUCAACAGCCAAAACAUCAAUAACAAUCUACACUCCAAAUAUUACAUACACACCAGUCAUAAAUUCAAUAUUCGAAGCAUUAGAUAAAGGUGUUGAUGUCCGAAUUGUAGUCUCUCGAAAGCUGAUGAUCCUGGAGCAAUUAGUAACAGCCGGCACGAUCACUGAAUGGGAGGUAUGGAAGAUGAAACGUCGAUAUCGUAAGCUUGUAUAUCGUUCACCACGGAGGGUCGAUGACAUUGAAGCCGGCAAUCCUAGAAUAGGAGCUUUAGAAAUUGUGUAUUUCAAUCCCGCUCUCGUUCGUAUGAGUGAUUCCCAUAACCGGAAUACGAUGACUGAUGGAACACUGGCGAGAGGAUCCGAAAGCAUAGGGAAGGAGAGCAAACCAGCCAAGCUUCAUCUCAAAAUGACGAUAAUUGACAAUGAAAUAACGAUUCUUGGGAGUGGCAAUCUGGAUCGGGCGAGUUGGGUGACUAGCCAGGAGUUGGGCGUUGCAAUUUUUUCUGAGGAAGUUUCUAAUAAAUUGGUCGAAGUUGCAAGGGAGGUUUAUGGAUGA